AUGGUGCUUUGGGGCAAAACUGCGGUUCUUCUUCUUGUUAUCAUCACGGUUGUUCAGUGCCAUGAACGCAUGGAUAACGAAGCUAAUGUGACGAGUGAUCGAAGUGAAUACAAAAGAUCUCUUCCUCGUGAUUGCGGUUCUAAGUAUUCGGUCACUUGUUUGAAAUUGGAUGUCGUAUCAUGGGUGGAAAAGCUCAAUGAAGAAGGAAAUUACAAUAUUUUACCAGGAGUAGCAAUCGUUAAAGAAAAUGGAACCUCUACAACGAAUACAGCAGAGUUAGUGUCAGAUUUAGCCAGGGAGUUCCCCAAGGAUCCUGACGCACGUUUAGAUGCAUUCCUUUUAAGAAAAGUAUCGGAUUUCAUCAAUAACCACUCGAUCAAAUUAAAUUUCUUCGGGAACGAUGUAUCGGAUGAAGGAGAAGAAUCUGCCCGUAAAGGUGGAGGAACAGGAUUAGGCGGAUUGACAGGAACAGGAGGUGGUGGCGGAAAGAAAGGUGGCGGCAUGGGGGGAGCCAUUUUUGCUGCCGCUGCCAUGAUGAAAGGUACUUUGUUGGCUUUAGCCCUUGGUGCUCUUGCAGCUAUCGCUGGAAAAGCUCUAAUGACGGGUCUCAUUUCUCUAAUGCUGUCUGCCAUCCUUGGUCUGAAAUCACUUUCAGGGGGAGGUGGAAAGACAACUUACGAGGUAGUUGCUAAGCCUAUUUAUUCCCACGAAAACACCCAUUCCUCGUCUCACGAGGACCAUCACUCGCAUGGCGGACAUGGAGGAUGGGGAAGAAGUUACGAAGUACCUUUGCCACUUGGGCUACGGCCGGAGUAUAAACCUGCGUAA